AUGGCGUCGCCAAAGAUCAGCGCCAUCACUGAAUACCUCUCCGUUGGCGGAAACAGACAUCCUGCUGCCGCGGACUGGGACUUGCAGACCGGUAUCCUCGCAUUCGGCGCUGAUAACAAUAUCGCCCUAUGGGAUCCUGCUGACAAGUAUCAUAAUGGGGUUUAUGCCAUAUUAACGGGGCACACAGAUAAAGUGAACGCGGUCAAAUUUUAUACACCCCCUUCCUCCGCGUCCUCAGGCUCCCACCAUUUCUUACUCACUGGCUCUGUUGAUCGGACGAUACGGGUCUGGCGCCAUCAGCAGCAGCAGGCCAAUAACUCCAAUUCCAAUUCCACAUCUACAUCUACAUCUACAUCUACAUCAACUACUAGACCAUUAUUCCAACAUGUUGCAACCUUACAAGGCCACGAAGGCUCCAUAAACUGCAUUGCCGUUGCGCGCGGUUCAGAUCUAUUCGUCUCCGGUGCCGCGGAUGGGACUGUGAGGAUGUGGAGGCUAGAUACCGGCAAGAGGCUAAGUUGCAAUGGGCAUGAGAAUGAUUUUCUGACAGUACGAGGACAAUUGGUGCAGACGAUUACCCUGAAACCAAAGUUUUUCCCGUUGGCACUCGCCUUGAGGACGCUUUGUGUAGAGAAGAAGGAACCGAAAGAGAAUGGGAAAGGGAAUGCUACGUGUGCUCCACCAAUGGUUCUGGCUGUCGGCGGGACGAGGAAUACGAUACAGAUCUUUGUGAUGCAGGGGCACGAAGGGGAGGAAUUUGAGCUUAAAGCUUGUCUUGCGGGUCAUGAGGCGUGGGUGAAAUCUCUUGCCUUUACGGAUAUGAAUGGUGAACAGAGUCAGACGUCAUCGCAAUCACAAUCUAAAUCGCAAUCGCAGGAUAUAUUCCUCGCGUCUGCCAGUCAGGAUAAAUAUAUUCGUCUCUGGCGGGUUCAUGCGGGCGAUGACCGCGUCCCAGUCCGAGGGAACGCCAAUGGGGAGGCGGAGGUGAUACUCGAAGCUAACGUCGAGCAGACACUCUCCAAUAAGGUGCAUGAAUUCGAAGCAAGUGGGAUGAAGUAUUCCAUUACUUUUGAAGCCCUCCUUUUCGGCCAUGAGGACUGGAUCUAUACCGUCGCCUGGAGCCCGGAUCCCCCACAUUCCAAGCUUCUCUCCGUCUCUGCGGAUAACUCGUUGGUUAUCUGGGAGCCGGACCCGGUCUCGGGCGUCUGGUACCCUGCCUCGCGAAUGGGGGAGAUUAGCGUGCAGAAGGGGUCUACAACGGCCACGGGGAGUACUGGUGGGUUCUGGAUUGGUCUUUGGUCACCUCGUGGUGAUACGGUGGUUAGUUUGAGCCGUACGGGUUCCUGGAGAAUGUGGAGAUUUGAGGAAGCGUCGGAUCUUUGGGUGCAGGAUGUUGCUGUUACGGGCCAUGUGAGGUCGGUUAAUGGGAUUGCGUGGGAACCGACGGUUGGGGGUUAUCUCCUGUCGACGAGUUCGGAUCAAACAACGAGAUUGCAUGCUAGGUGGAGACAUGGUAGUAGCAGUGAUGCCCAGCAGCAGGUUUCAUGGCAUGAGUUUGCUAGACCGCAGAUACAUGGAUAUGAUCUAAACUGCAUAGCGUCCCUGGGCCCCUGGCGCUUCGUCUCAGGUGCCGAUGAGAAGCUUCUCCGCGUUUUUAAUGAGACAAAGGCAAUUGCCAACCUCCUCGAGAAUCUCACAGGGUUCACUGGUGGGCCUAAACCGGCCGACAUGCCGGAGUCAGCUAACAUCCCCGUCCUCGGCCUGUCUAACAAAGCUGCUAAAGACAACGAUGACGACGACGACGACGACAACGAACAACAAGAUGAAGACCAUGACGAACAAUCCACCUCACCAGCCCAAUCCCAACUGCACCCGCAAUCAUCCUCCGCCCUGAACCUCCCCCACCCCCCUCUCGAAGACCACCUAUCAAAAUACACUCUCUGGCCCGAACACGAAAAACUCUACGGUCACGGCUACGAAAUCUCAGCCCUAGCCACUAGCCACGACGGCACGCUCAUCGCCACAGCCUGCAAAGCCAGCUCGCUCGACCAUGCAGUUAUCCGCCUGUAUGACGCUGCCUCGUCAUCCUGGCGGGAGAUUCGUCCCCCACUCACGUCACAUUCGUUGACGAUUACAUGUUUACGGUUUUCGGCGGAUGAUAUGUUUUUGGUUAGCGUGGGGAGGGAUAGGCAAUGGGCGGUUUCAAGGAGGGUGGAGGAGGGAGGGGAAGGGGAAGGGCAAGGUGGAGUUUUUAAGUUGUUAUGUGCGAAUCCGAAGGGCCAUUCAAGGAUGAUUUUGAGUGCCAGCUGGGCACCGAUGGUGGAUGGUGCUGAUGCGGGUAAGAGAAUGUUUGCGACGGCGGGGCGGGACAAGACUGUGAAGUUGUGGAUGCAGGGGCAGGAUCAGGAGUCGUUUACGUGUAAAGCUACGAUGACCCUUUCAAGUCCUGUUACGGCGGUUGAUUUUCUCCCUGUGGUUGUUGGGCAGGGCUGGUUUUUCCUUGCUGUGGGCUUGGAUACGGGGCGGCUUAGUAUACAUGCUUUUGCGGUUGAUGGGCUUGGGCAGGUUGGAGAGGGCUGGGCAUUGCCUGCGUCCGAAUGUCCAUCUAAAUCUGUUACGCAGUUGGCGUGGAGGCCUGUGGGCAGCGGAAAUGGGGUAAUGGAUGACAAUAGGGGGUAUGAGCUUGCGGUUGCGAGUGAGGAUAGUUCAGUGCGGGUGCUCAGGAUUGAGGGUUUGUCACCUUAA